AUGGAUGAGAACGAACGAGUAGAAACAAAUCGUAUAUCAAAUAGUCCAACACGAUCUUCUGCUGAACGUUUUAGCAGUAAUCUUCCAGGAAGGCUUUUUGCUAUGGUGCAGCAUGCUGGCUCAGACAACUUGUCGAAUGAGAUCGUCGAAGAUUUUCGAAACGCAAUCGAUAUUCUCACUCGUGUGGCACCCGUUAACCAACAACAAAUCAAUACCAACAGCUAA